CAUCCAUCCUAGGAGAGACAGGAGAGGACGGCAGGGACGGUAGAGAUGAGUGGCAGCAAUUUCAGACCUCCUCACCGUAGUUCACAUUGAAUUACUUUCCAGGAGGUCAUUCUCUUCUUCAAGUGUAAGACCCCGUGCCUCAGGGCUAUAAUUAAGUGUCUUGAGCCGUUAGGGGAAGGGUGUCCAGCGAGAUAUAACCCAGCAAAAAUGAUGGACUGGCUAGUUGCAUGUGUGGCACUGGUCCACCUUUUUGUUGCACCAUACACCAAGGUGGAAGAGAGCUUCAAUCUGCAAGCUUGCCAUGAUUUACUCUACAAGGGGAUUCAUCUGGAGGAGUAUGACCACCUGGAGUUCCCCGGGGUGGUACCUCGAACAUUUAUUGGCCCCAUAGUGGUGGCAACCAUUGCCUACCCAGCUGUAGCUGUUGUCCAGUUAUUCGGGCUCUCCAAGUUUAUUGCUCAGUACAUCGUGCGAGGUGUUUUGGGGUUGCUGGUUAUCCUGGCUUGGCGAAAAUUACGCAAGCAGUUGCAGGAGAGUUUUGGGAAGCCCCUCACUAUCUGGUUCACACUCAUCACUGCCUCACAGUUCCACUUCAUGUACUACUUAAGCCGUCCUCUGCCAAACACAUUUGCAUUAGUUGUAGCCCUGCUCACCUUCUCAUAUUGGCUGGAGCAACGUCAUCGCCUGCUCGUAUGGACAUCUGGAAUUGCAGUUUUAAUAUUCAGGUCUGAGUUGUGUCUCCUUUUGGGCCCCAUGCUGCUUGCUGACCUCCUGACACGCAGAUUUCAGAGCAUACCUUUCCUUCAGAGUGCCAUACCAGCUGGACUCUGCUGCCUGGGGAUGACCCUGGCCAUCGACUCAUUGUUCUGGGGUCGACUUCUGUGGCCAGAAGGAGAAGUUUUCUGGUUCAACACCUACAAAAACCAGAGUGGCACCUGGGGUACUUCACCAUUUUUGUGGUACUGGUACUCAGCACUACCAAGAGCUUUGGGAUUAAGUUUGUUUCUUGUUCCUGUUGGUAUUGCACUGGACAGACGACUGCAGGUGUUGGUUACACCAGCUCUCAUAUUUGUCGCUAUGUACUCCUUUUUGCCGCACAAGGAACUACGGUUUAUUAUCUACGUGUUCCCCAUCCUCAAUGUUGCAGCUGCAAGAGCUUGCCAAUUCUUUUGGGAAGGUCGAGAAAAAUCUGGUACGCGUCAGUUAUUGGCUAUUGGAUGUGCACUGCAUCUGCUGGUGAAUGUGGCUUUCACAACCCUUCUAUUGACUAUCUCAGCCAACAACUACCCUGGAGGGGCAGCCAUCUACAAACUGCAUCAAGUAAUCCCACAAGAUGCUAAUGUUCACAUUCAUAUUGAUAACUUUGCAGCACAGACUGGAGUAUCAAGGUUUACACAGCUUCAUGAUCACUGGAAGUACAACAAGACAGAUAAUAUGAAGGCAGGAAGCAGAGAUAUGCGGGCCUUCAGUCACCUGCUGAUUGAGGGCAAAUCCAAGUAUUCAUACAACCUGAAGCAUUACACAUCUUCCCAUGAGAUAAUGUCAUCAGUGGAAGCAUUUUCUCAUCUAAGUUUCAAUUACCAACAGUUUCCUCCAGUGAAGGUAAGAGUGAAACCAGCAGUAUUCCUCUUAAAAAAUUUAGAAGAAGAAUUUAUAGACUGGUCCUGGGUUGAUGGAGUAGGGGUAGAAACUUGGGCAGAAGACACUGAGGAAGCAGAAGUAGUUUGGCAGCAAGAGAAUGUUGAGAAACAGACACAGGAAGAUGAGGGAGAAAGAACACAGCAUCUAGAAAGGGCCAGCUCUGAGUUAGGGGAGCCACAGAGGGAUGAUGAAGUAGAGACAAGUGAAGGUGAAGAUGAAGAACAAGAGAAGACAUAUGAUAAACAAGAGGUUGAAGAAGGGGAAACAACAAUGCAUGAAAUUCAAAAAGAUACAGAAGAGUCUGUUGAAGAAGAAAUUCUUUUAGAGCCAAAACUUCCUGAUGGUGGUUGCUUAGCCCCAGAGGAAGGAGUAGCUGAAAUACUCUCUGUGGAUGAUUUUCAAGAUGACCAUCAUGUGGAUGAGCAAGUAACAUUUGAGUCAGAUGAAGACAGGGAGGUAACUGAAGUUGCAGCCUCAGAACCUCCCACUGUUAUAGAAGAUGUAGUAAACAUUGAACAAGAAGACCUUGCAGGAUCUUGUACACAAUGCACCUCAGGUGAUGAUGAUACUCAUAAUGAUAAUACUGAUGUUAUUAAUAGUGAUGGUGUGCAAGAAGGUAAUGAGGAUGAUGUUAGUGAUGACGCUGAUAGCAGAGUUGAUAUUAAUGUUGUUGAUGAUGUUAUUAUUGAUGAGAGUACAGGUGAUGUUAUUAUUGAUGAGAGUACAGGUGAUGAUGUUAUUAUUGAUGAGAGUACAGGUGAUGAUGAUGUUAUUGAUGAUGAGAGUACAGGUGAUGUUAUUAUUGAUGAGAGUACAGGUGAUGAUGUUAUUAUUGAUGAGAGUACAGGUGAUGAUGAUGUUAUUGUUGAUGAGAGUACAGGUGAUGUUAUUGAUGAUGAGAGUACAGGUGAUGAUGAUGUUAUUGUUGAUGAGAGUACAGGUGAUGUUAUUGAUGAUGAGAGUACAGGUGAUGAUGUUAUUAUUGAUGAGAGUACAGGUGAUGAUGAUGUUAUUGUUGAUGAGAGUACAGGUGAUGUUAUUGUUGAUGAGAGUACAGGUGAUGUUAUUGUUGAUGAGAGUACAGAUGAUGAUAGUGAUAUUGUUGAUGUCACUGAUGAUGGUGUAGGUAUUGUUGAAAUGAUGGAUGGUGAUGUAAGUACUGGUAAUGAUGGUGAAGAUACUGCUGAUGAUCAGGCAGGUGUUGGUGAUAUGACUGAUGGUGAUGUAGACAGAGUUGAUGAUAUUGGUGAUGUAGGGAUUAUCAGUGAUGAUCAUAUCACUGAAGAUGAUGUAGGUACUGUUGUUGAUGAUGAUGACAAAAAUAAUGAUGUCUCAGACAAUGAUAUAAGUGAGGAUGAAGAAGUUUUCAAUGAAAAUGUAGGUCAUAUUGAUAGUGAUGAUAUUAGUAAUGUUAUUGAUGAUGGUAGUAAUAGUGACAGUAACAAUGAUAGUGUGAAAAAUUACAAUAAUAAUGACGAUGUCCUUAGUGAUGUCAGUGAUGAUGCUAUUCACAAUGAUGUUCCUGAAACCAAUACAGAGAUUCAUGAGGGCACAGAUGGAGCUCCUUUAUCCCCUGAAGAGAGUAUUGAAACAGCAGAAGUUCUAGAACAGACUGAAGAUGCCAGUGCGGCAGAGGAAGAAACUAGGUUCGUAGAAGUGACGUUAAGUUUAGACGAAGCCAACCCUGAGGCUGAACAUGAGGAAGACGAUGAAGACUCGCUCUCACCGCUGGAGAGGAUGGUCGCGCAGGUCAGACAAUUUCUGUGGAACGUCUUCAUUUUGUGUUCAGUUUGCUAUGUUCUCACCACCCUCUACUAAACUUUUGAAUAAGUCUUCUAAGGUAUUCAAAGUGUUGUCAGAAUAAUGUUAUUGGAACCUGUAUGGAUAUAAAAUACUGUAUGUCUGUUAAGAUGCUUAUGGUGUGUACACACACACACACACACACACACACACUUUUCAGAGUUGAACUUAAAAAUAUAAUUAUCAGUUGGACUUAUGGAAAUGUAACUGUCUAAUAAAAUUAAUUUUGAAAGUGUGAAUUUUACAUGAAUAAAAAACAAAAACAUUAUUCGUCAGCUGAACUUGUGGGAAUAUAAUUUUCUGAUGAAAUGAAUUUGGAAAUACUGUACAGCACUACCGUAUAUGAGACUGUUAUAUGAACUUGAAAAGGUGUAAUCAUCUGAUGAGCUUGUGGAAAUGUAUGUCAGGUGAAUUUAAGGAAAUUGAAUUGUUAGAUGAAUUUAAGGAAACAUAAAAUUUACACAUCUGUGAUUAGUAGCAUUCAUGUUGUUGAAAAUAUGUAAUUUUUUAAGAUAAAGGAACUGUAAAAACUGUGUUAAAUUUUUGAAAAGCAUUAGUUAAUCUCAAACUAAGUUAACUGACAUCACUAUUAUAUACCACUAAAUAAAUUUGGCAAAAAGUUUCUGAUACAUAAAUAUUCUAAUAAUUACCACAGACAAUAUUAUAGACUUUGUUAGGCUUACCAAUACUGUGUAAUUUGCUUUCUUGUUGAAGAUAGUGCCUCACUGACUUAUUAAAGUAAAUUCAGCUGUAUUUCUAGAAUACUUACUGUAUAAACAAACUUAAUGCAUUUUGUGACAUUAUUGUUCUAGUAGCAGUAAAACUGCUAGUAUUAACCCAUAGGCCCCGGGUGACGUUCCAGAACGUCCGCCUAUUCCCACCACUUUUUUUUUUAAAGUUGAUUUUUUCUCGAUUUAUCUCCGCGGGGGGUACUGCCAGCAGCACCCUAACCCGGGGCUUAAGGGUUAAAAAUAUACCACAAGAAGGACCGCUAUAUUAUGUUUUGUUUAUUUUUGAGAACAGGAAACACGUACCUUAUAAACCUAAAAUGAAUCAAUUAAAAAACUUGCCCUAGGAUUAAAUGUUUGGGCGAGUUUGGUAUCAGGCUAGGCUACUAUUUCUUGUACAGUAUAGACGAAAAACCAAGGAUUCCUGUUCGUGGUAUGUUUUUAAAAUGAUAUGCUUUUGACACCAUGCUCCCAAAUAAAAUAUAAAACUGUUCCUGCUUAUCUAGAACUACUAUAGAUAAAACAAUAGUGUAUGGUUUUAAUAAAAAGUUGCAAUACA